GAAGCUUCUCCGCGAGUUAGAGGGUCUUAAACACUAACAAAAGACGGAACUGAAAACACAGCAACCGAGACUCUCUCUUCUCUCUUCUCUCUCCGUCGCUGCCAUGGCUUGCGCCGAGCAGCCCAUCAAAAAGCGUCGGCUGUAUGAGUCAAUCCCUGAAUCUCAGCCUCCGCCACCACCGCUACCAGAAUCCCAAUCCCCUUCUACGGUGGUUAGCUCGUUCCCGGCUCCGGUGACACCGUCGCCUCCAUCUCAGGAGGAAAUUCAAACGAGAAGCAGGAACAGAGAAGAGAUUCGAAGAGUGCAUGACUGCUAUAAGCGUCUUAAAUCUUGUAUUGGUCAGAGAGAUGGCGGCGUCCGCUCUGCGAAUCUUGAGCAAGCGUAUCGCUCCCUCAUCUCCGCUUCCAGAGGUUGUACUAGCGUAAAGCGCCUUGUGGCUGAUCUCGUUCCUCGAUAUGCACUGUACUGUCCUACUGCUAUCGCAGAUGCAGUGCAAGCUGUUAUCGACAUGCAUAACUUCAGCUUGGAAGCUUUAAAGAGAGGACAAGAUGUUGAUGGUGUAGCUUUUCAAACUGCUAAAGCCUGCAUAUUUGGUCUAGUUGAUCUAUGUUCUGCUGCUUUAUCAAAGAAAACGUCAUCACCAGGGGCUCGUGAUAUCUGCUCUGCUGUGUUCAGAAAUGUGUUAACCUUCUUUGUGCUUUCCUUUGAGGGGAAAGAUAUCUUCCAGAUAGUUGAUAAGAGCGAUUUGAAGGUGCAAGAUCCUGACGAAAUUUUUUCUCAGCUGAUGCAAAAACUUUCAGAUGGAAACUCGUUACCUUUGAUCAAACUAUCCCAGUUUCGUGUUUUAGCUUUACUGAAAGUAUUCUUCAACUUCCCUAAAAAAUCAAUUGCCACUUGUUUCGGAUUCUUCAAUUCUUCAUCAACGGAGGAUGUAGCCACGGGGAGGUAUCUCAUUACUCAGAUGACAGAAAAGAUUAAUGAUAUUGAUGCCGCUAGUAAUGAACCUGAAGUAGACGAGAAUUCUGGUCAGACAGGUUCUAACAAUAUAGAGGCUACUGGUAAGAAUGCAGAAGGGUUGAAUGGGGUGCAAGAAGCAUCCAACAGUCUAACGAGCUGCUUAUUAGGAAUGGUUAUUAGGAAGAGUUCCUCCAUUGGUAGGUGGGCCUUCUUUCAGUAUGAGAAAAUAUGCAGCCUGUCAUCCUUCGUGGAUAUAUCCAAUGCUAUUCCUUCUCUAGAGGGAAUCUUUGGAUUUGUUGGAAAAGAUAUCAAGUUAGAAGAUUGCCAAAUGGAGAGUGACGAGGAUGAUUAUGGAAAAUUUUCAGUUUCACAUGUGAAACCCCACAGUUCUGCAGACAAUGAUGUCCGCUCUAGUGCUGGAUCGGUUUAUGAUGCUGGAGGUUCACGAUCCAUGGAUUUUGAGACUGUUGACCAGAGAGACUUGUCAUGUGGUAGAUCUUCAGUCCCAAGGGGAUUAAUAAACCAUCAUACACCAUCUCCAUCUGCAAGGGGGCCUUCUGAUUUAAGGAGUAACUCUGUGGAUCGUAGGAACAGUUUUGUUCUUGCAGGAUCACCUGUUUAUCAGGCAGUACCCCAUGGCCCUUCAUCAGGGCAAAUUGUUUGGUAUUUAGAUGGGGACCCCACUGCUUUUGACAUUUUUCCGGCUUCGGGGCAGUUGUGGUUAGGCUAUUUAGGACCAGAUGAGACUGAAGGUCAUCUAAGGUUUCAGCUUGAUAGGUACGGCCCAGUAGACCGUUUCUUUUUUGAUCCAGUGAAAGGAUUUGCGCUAGCAGAAUAUAGAAGUAUAAUUGAUGCAAUCAGAGCUCGAGAAUAUCUGCGAGCGCAAUUUCCUUGGCGCAUUAAAUUCAUGGAUAUAGGAGUUGGUGCAAGGGGAUCUUUGAAUGGAGUAGCAUAUGGUUAUUGUACUCAUUUGUAUAUUGGAAGCAUCAGUAGCCAGUGGGAGAGGGAUGAAAUUGUCCAUGAGUCGCGGCAAGCCCUUUAUAAGGGGCCUCGCAUGGUGACUGACCUGUACUAUGAACAUGCCCUUCUGAUGGAGUUUGAUUCACCUGAUGAUGCUGCCAUUGUAAUGGCCCAUCUCAGAUUUUUUCGCGGAGAAAAGAGUAAAUUUCAUUUGGCAUCAAUCAAUCGUCCUUUGCCUCAUGAAGAUGGAGGAAGUCAUCCAGAGAGGCACCUUCAAGUACCUCCCUCAUCAAAACAGGAUAGUGGAUCAGGAGAAUAUGUUUCCCCCUUAAUGAGUACGGAUAACCACUGUAAUUCUGUACCUCCUGGAGCUACCUUUCAGCAAAACUGGCCUGCAUCUGGUAGCACUCUUGUGAAUUCUGCACAAAGAGUCUCAGGAACUCCUCCAUGUGUGCCCUUACCAGCUCCAGGACAGCCUGCAGUGCCUGCUACACCGACAUCUCAAAUCCCUCCAUCUCCGUUUGUUCAACAACCCAUUUACCCUCCUUCAAACAGCUCUUGGGAUACAAGAUCUCUAAUCUCUCCAAGCGGUGAUGCUGUAGCAACAUCAUCACAGAUGCAAGGACUUCCAGCGCAGCAGGUUUCAGGUCCAUUCAUGCCGCCUCCUGUGCAUCCAGUCUCUCAGACACAAGGACCUCAAGUUCAGCAAUUUGAUCAAUUGUACCCACCUCCGCCUUUAGGACAUUCAUUACCCUCUGUAAUCCAGCCACCACUACAACCUCAAUCCCAGCCACCGGAACCACCGCCUGAAAUGAUGCCGCCUCCGCCUCAAGCUCCACCACCUCCUUUGCCUCACUCACACCCACCUCUGGUUCCUCCUCCUCCUUUUUCUCCAUCAUCGUCCCCACGCUUACCUCCAAUGGUCACCCAGUUGUGUGGACCAGAGGCUUCCAAACAGAACAUACGGCACCAAUGGCAGGGUGCUUUGUCCAAAAGUGGAGUUCAUUACUCCACCAUUAUUGCACAGAGAUUGGAAUCAGACAUUUGCAAAUAUAUUAUUGGAUCUUCAGAGCCUGUGCAAUGGCCAGUUAAAUUGGAUAUGACCAAGCGUACGGAUAUGAAGAACGUAAAAGCUACUUUUGCGAAUACACAACCACACAAAAGGGAGGUUUGUCAGUUAAUUCCUGCUACUUUCAGCGAUCGUAAAGGGCUCCAAGAUUUCAUAUCAUACUUGAGGCAGAGAGAUUGCGCAGGAGUAAUAAAGAUCCCUGCAUCAAGUCCCAUGUGGGCAAGGCAUCUCUUCAUUCUUCCGCAUUCGCAAGAGACAUGUUCUUUGCUUUCGGUGUCCCCGUCUUCCUCUGAAUGCUUGAUCGCGGCUGCGCCUUUAGCUCCUCCUUCCUCCCGCCCUCUUCGUCUGAAUUACAGGUUUCCUCCGGCGAAUCAUCUCUUCUCUUCCAUCGCCGAUCAUCUCACAGAAACAACCAUGUCUAACAGACGCUCGAAUAGGCAAGAUGAGAACACAAGAUACAUCCCCAAGGGUCAUCAGCAGCAGAAGUUUGUACCCAAACCUAUGAAUCCAACUCCUAUCUCUAAUUCUACUCCUUUCCCCGUUUCUCUCUCUUCUUCGCUUAGGCAAUCAGAUUCCUCCGGUGCGAGUUCCAGAGUCUCCGCUUCGGGUGUUAGUAGGGUUAGGAUGGGGGAUCAGGGACAGUUGGUAUCUAGCAAAAGCCCGGCUCAAGGCGGUGGUAGUUUCGUGAAUUACUUGCCGCAGGACGAGGCUGUAGCCGCUGGUCUUGGACCUGAUGAUGGAGGUUUGGAUCCAGUGGAGUCUCAGGGAGUGGUGGAUCUCCUCAAUAGAGAGCUCACAAGGCUGCUUAAGCUCAAUCCUAGAGAUUUUUGGAGAGAAGUGGCUAGUGAUGCAUCGUUGCAUGAUUUUCUGGAUAGCUUCCUGCAGUUUAGAAGCAGAUGGUAUGAUUUCCCUUUUCAUGGUGUCAAGGGGAUUGUUGCCGGCGUGAUUGUCGGAGAACUCGAGUUAUGCCGCCGUGUUUUCAUGGUCUUAUACAGAAUAUCGUCUAAUAAGGAUCCCGGUGCUAGAGCUGCUGAUAGCCUCAGUCAGAAAGAUCAUGAAGUUCUCCUGCAGGACAAGAAGUUACUGGACUUGCCGAAGUUAUUGGAUAUAUGUGCUAUAUAUGGACAUGAGAAUGUAGAGCUCACAAAAUCUUUAAUUGAAAAUGCUGUGAAAUCACAAAACGGGAUUCCUGAAAGUUUGAAUAUGAUGUUGUCUCAUUUCUUGGGCAUCCUGCACACAAUGCAUCACCGUUGCACCUCAUCUUUGGAGACCUUAGUAUCAAGUGAAGACCAUGGACAUAGACAACUCCAUUCAGACCUUUUGGAGGUUAUGGACUUCAUUAAUGAUGGAGUUGUGUCUCUGGAUGCUUUCAUUUCUGCCUAUACACCAGCAGUUUUAAUCUUAGCCUGUCCUGUUGAGACAAGUUAUGGGAGCGAUGAACUUCUCCGCAGCCUUGUUCGGUUGCAUGAUUCAUUGCUUCCAUCACUUCAUCGUGGCUUUCAGGUCUUGUUCAAGGAUGGAGACCAUGAUUCUCUUUCAGACAUAUCAACGAGUUUAAGCAUGUUAUCAACAAGGAUAGGAAGUUUAUGUUGGAAAAUAUUAGAUAUUUGUUAUCUCAGCAAUGAUAUGUCCAAUCACGAAACUUCAAUUCCAGCGGUCACAAAGAUGUUCCCGUCAAGAGUUGAGGACCCUAUGGUAAGGGCAGAUAUACUGAUCCAAACAUUCAGGGAGAUCAGUGGACUUUCUGAGCAGUCACUGGAAAGCAAGAACCGAUUACUCCAAAAGAUUGAGAAGAAUUACAGAAUCAUCGAUAGACUUAGGAGUCUACAGAAUGCAGGAUGGGUAUCUAUGGAAGAUGAGCAGCUUCAAUAUUUGUCCAUGAUCAUGUUGCAUUCUGCAGACACUUUCUCUAUGAAGGAGUCACCGCUUCUUCUAACUGAUGGUAGAAACACCGAAGAGCUUAUGGAUGAAAGUGCUGUAGUUAUGCAAUCCAAGAUCAGUCAAAUAAAAGACAUAUUCCCUGAGUAUGGGAACGGUUUCUUAGCUGCGUGUCUUGAAGCCUAUAACCAGAAUCCAGAAGAAGUUAUACAGAGGAUUCUUGAAGGAACACUCCAUGAGGAUUUGCAGCGAUUGGAUACUUCACUGGAGACGAUCCCACAACCUAAAUCUGCUCCAACUCUUAGAAGCAAAGACAAAGGGAAAGGAAAGCUCAUUGAAUCUGACACUAGUAGCUCUGCUAUCUACACAGAGCAACCGAUCACACGUCCCUCACUUCCAGCUUCAUCAGCCUCAUCCACAACAGUUUGCAGAUUUGUCAGAAAGCCAAAGGAUGAUACUCCAAGCUACAAAAUUCUCGAUGCUAGAAAAGAAUCCGACAGAGAGAGGAACGCAGCCCUACUUGCACAAUACGAAUACGACGAUGAAUACGAUGAUUCUUUUGAUGAUCUGGGCUUGAGUGUUGCAGAAUCAGGUACCGAAGAAAGCGGGACGUUUGGUAACAGAGCUGGAUCCGAGCCCUCUGAUGCUCCAAAGUGGGGUAGCAGAAAGAAUCCUCAAUUCUAUGUGAAAGAUGGUAAGAACUACAGCUACAAAGUGGCAGGCGCAGUUGCGGUGGCAAACGCAAACGAAGCUUCACUGGUAAAUGAAGCAGAGGGAGAUAAGAUACUUGGGUUGGGACGUGGAGGAAACAUUCCUCUCGGAGCGGUUAGAAAGCUGACAGAGUAUCAGGCACAGAGAGAUGAGAAAGGUCAGUCUAAUGUGAACGUAAAUGCGAACCCAAGCGACGGAAGAGAGAAUGGGAGAAACUGGAGAGGAGGAAGGGGAAGAGGAAGAGGAAUGGCGAACAGAGAGCAACCGCAGGAGAAGAGUAAUGAGAGUAAUAAUAACGACUCAGAGGUUAAUACAGAAGCGGAGAAUGGAGGAGGAAGGGGUCGAGGAAGGGGACGAAGAGGAGGAGGAGGAGGGAGAAAUCAUAAUCAUAAAGAUAGAGCUAUGAAGAAACAUAUUGCUAGUGUUUCUGGCUUCUAGAUGUUAAAAAAGUAACAAAAAGCACAAUACGUU